AUGCAGCCGCCUACAACGCGCUCCGCGAUGGGCGCACCAAAGACCCAUACUCGCGGGAACUCAUACACCUCUUCUACGAUAACACGAUCCGGGUCAACCGCCUCGCGACCGAACAAUAGCAACUUUUCGAGCACAAUGUCCUACGGAGCUCGCCCAGCGUCAGCGAUGGCACGCCCGCAAACGUCUCUGGGAACACGCAAACCUCACAGUGCCUCGACAUCUAUGGCGCGGCCAGCCACUUCCUUGGAGCACCACACUGAGGAUCACACGGCUAGCAUACUUGGAAAACGUAAGGGUAUGCCAAAAUCCAUCUACCACACUUUGCACAACUCCUCGUGUCCCAUUAUGAUCCCCGAAGAAAGCCCCCACGAUCAUCCUGUCAAGGUCUCUCGUUGGUUGUCCCAUCGCGCAGUCAAUCCCAAGUCAUCAACCCCGCCAGGCCCCCGCAAGGAGGUGUCUCCCAAGCUUUCCUCCCAUACUCCACCAUCUCUGCAGCGGAAGAAACGAGACGCCAAUGAUCGGUUCUUUCACUCCGUGAGGUCUCUCCCGCAAUCCAAAGUACCCAUUCCUAGCCCGGCGAGGCCCACGCCAACAGACUUCAGCAGGUCCUCCUCCAAGAAGUCUAGGAGGCCUCCCAUUCCCAUGUUUCUUUCCAAAGACUCCACGGUCACAGAUUUUAACUGUUCUUUAGAUACUGAGUGGGACCUUGAGUCGAAAGAGAAGACAAUUGAGGAGGUGAUCGCCAGGGUAUUCACCCGAGUGAAUCAGUCAGGCCAGGAGAGCCAGGGCUUGAAAGAAGCCGUCGAGGUGUACAAAGCAAGAAUCACCGAGCUGGAACAAUCUCGUGACAGCAUCGAUGAGAAGAAUAUGAAACUUCGCGUUGAGAUGGGCUCUUUAGCACAGCAACUCGACGCGGCAGAAAAUGCCUUGAGGGUUGCCCAAAGAGAUCAGGAGAUUGCGCUGGAUGAUCUUGAGCGGCAGCACCGCAUCGAGCUGGAAACAAUACGACAAGACAAUAAAAAGGAGAUGGACUCGUUGACGGACCGGCACGAACAGGACAUUCGAAGUCUGAAGCGAAAAUUCGAGACUGAGGUCGCGGAAGAGAAAGCUGCACGUGUCCGAGAACUAGGUCAACUUACCACUCAAUCGGCCAUGGACAUCCAGAAAACUGAGAUCGAGUUGGAAAAGAAAAGUCGCGAGAUUCGCGCGGCCCAGGCCCAGAUUCAAGCCAUGAGAACUGACCUGGAUCGCGAGAUGAAGACAACUCAUGACCUCCGGCACAACCUCGACACUGUCAGUACGAAUAGUGUGGCGCUAGAGUCAACAAUCAGAGCCUUAAAAGCAAGGAUCGAGUUCCUGGAGGGCGGACGAGAGGAGCAAUCCCAGGCAUUUGAACAUUGCAAUCAGAGAAUGAUGGACGCUCUGGCUGAGACUGAAGCCACCAAGGAGAAGCUGCGUCGGGAAGAGACGCUUCGCCGCAAACUGCACAACCAAGUGCAGGAGCUUAAGGGUAAUAUCAGAGUUUUCUGUCGUGUUCGGCCACCUCUGAACAGCGAGCCAUCUUCAUCCAUUGCGCCGAUGCAAUACCCGGACGAGACCGAAGAUGCCAAAGAGAUCAACGUGAUGGGGCCUGAGGAGAGGAGUAGUCUUGGGAUAGUCUCUCGCAAGAACAACACAUUCACGUUUGAUCGUGUGUUUGGUCCGUCUUCUCAAAACACCGAGGUGUUUGAUGAGAUCAGUCAGCUGGUGCAGAGCGCAUUGGAUGGUUACAACGUCUGCAUCUUUUGUUAUGGCCAGACCGGCAGUGGCAAAACAUAUACCAUGUCAUCGCAAGACGGUAUGAUUCCACUUGCCGUGCAUCAGAUCUACGAGACUGCUCAAAGUCUCGAGGAUAAGGGCUGGCGCUACACCAUGGAGGGCAAUUUUGUCGAGGUCUAUAACGAGAACCUCAACGAUCUCCUUGGCAACCCGAAUGAGUUGGACCGUAAAAAACACGAGAUCCGUCAUGAUAUGCAGCGGGGCAAGACGUACAUCACCGACAUCACCACAGUCAAGCUCGAAUCUCCCGAGAUGGUCGAGACGAUCCUCAAGAAUGCCGCAGCCAAUCGCUCCGUUGCGGCGACCAAGGCAAAUGAGCGCUCUUCUCGAUCUCAUUCGGUGUUCAUUCUCAAACUCAACGGCGAGAACCACAUCACCGGCGAGCGCAGUGAAGGCACGCUCAAUCUGGUCGACUUGGCGGGAAGCGAACGACUCAGCCACAGUGGUGUGACCGGUGACCGCCUAAAGGAGACACAGAAUAUCAAUCGCAGUCUCAGUUCGCUUGGCGACGUGAUUGCUGCUCUUGGACAGGGAAAGGAUGGCGGGCACAUCCCAUAUCGUAAUAGCAAGGUACGUUUUCAUCCGAACCUCCCGUUGCCCACAAUUUUCCCCGUGAACAUGUCACUCAUUCAUCUGCAGCUUACAUAUCUACUCCAAUUCUCUCUCGGUGGCAAUUCCAAGACGCUCAUGUUCGUCAUGGUCAGCCCUCUGCAGGCUCAUCUCUCUGAGACCUUGACGAGCUUGAAGUUUGCAACCAAAGUCCACAACACCCACAUCGGUACCGCGAAGCGCCAGGCGCGUGUUCGCGAUUCCUGA